AAACAGAAGCACGCCGCCGUCUCUUGUGCACCCUCUGCUCUUCUUUUGUGUUAAUUUUUGGUUUUCCUCUGGAUUGUGUAUUCUUUUACAGCAAUGACGGCUGUCAAGUGUUAUUAUGAAGUUCUUGAUGUAUCAAGGGAUGCAUCAGAUGAUGAAUUGAAGAAAAAUUAUCGAAAAUUGGCUCUCCGAUGGCAUCCAGACAAAAAUUUAGACAACCCAGAAGAAGCCAAGGCUCAGUUUCAGCUCAUCCAGCAAGCAUUUGAAGUUUUGAAUGAUCCCCAAGAAAGAGCAUGGUAUGACCAACACAGAGAAGCAAUUUUGAAAGGCGGCCUUGGAGGUGAUUACGAGGAUGACUCAUUCGAUGUUUUCCCAUACUUCACAUCAUCUUGUUACAAGGGAUUCGGUGAUGACGAUAAAGGAUUUUACGCGGUUUACAGGGAGGUAUUUAAUAAAAUUGCUGCUGAAGAAAUUGACAUAUACAGAGAAGAAGAGUCGGACAGUGAGUUUGAAAUUCCCGGUUUUGGCACUUCCACAAGCGACUAUGAAGAAGUUGUGCACGCGUUUUAUGGAUUCUGGCAAAGCUUUUCAACAAAGAAAUCUUACGCUUGGAUGGACGAGUAUGAUACCCGUCAGGCUGAGAACAGACGAGUUGUUCGUGCAAUGGAAAAGGAAAACAAGAAGGUCAGGGACAAAGCGAGGAAAGCCAGGAACGAGCAGAUUCGAGCGCUGGUUGCUUUUGUCAGGAAGCGUGACAAACGACUUGAACUGCACAAGCAAAAGUUGGCAGAGAAGGCAAAGGAAAAUGCCUUAAAGGUGGAGCAAAACCGAAAGAAGCAAAUAGCUGAGAGGAAAAAGUUGCUUGAAGAUGCCAACAACUCUGCCCACUUGAACAUGGACAACAUGGAGGGCGUUUUGAAGGAAAUUGAGCAGAACCUCACUGCUGAGUUUGGCAGAGAUGAAGAAUCAGAUGAAGACGAAGAUGAGCCCAGUGGGAUGUUUUGUGUUGCAUGCAACAAGAGUUUCAAAACAGAUAAAGCUUUUGCAAACCAUGAAAACUCCAAAAAGCACAAAGAAAAUGUGGCUUUUAUAAAAGCCACUAUGAUUCAAGAGGAAGAAGAGCUUCAAUGUGAGGAUAUUGAAAAUAAUGAAGUCAAAGAAAGCGACGAAACUGUCGAUGAUGACGAGGAUCACACUGAAGUUGGCUAUGAACUCUUAAAAGAGGACAUUGAGGAGGAAGAAAUUGUUGAAGAAGAAACAGCAUCAGCGAGCAGCAAGAAGAAAAAGAACAAAAACAAACAAGCACCCCGAGUUCGCUUAGACAGUUCUGAUGUAGCACUAGAAGAUUUAGAGGAUAUAGGAAUGUCUAAAAAACAGCGAAGGAAAAAAGAAGCUCAGGCAAAGCAGAGCAAUAAGCCAGCUGAAAAUGCUGUGGUGGAUGCUGAGGAGGCGAGUGGGGAAGUCAAUUUUGGGGAAGAGCCUGAACAGGUUCCUGUGCCCAAAUCUAAAGGCAAAAGAGCGAAGGCUGCUAGGAAAGCGGAAGGAAGUGAGAAAAAGACAGCGGUGGAACCCUCUGAAGUGGACGUGGAUAAUACGUGUCUAACUUGUAAAGCAACAUUCCCCACAAGAAACAAAUUGUUCGACCAUUUCAAGAGAACUGGCCAUUCUGUACCUCUAACAGAAUUAUCAAGUGGCACCCGGCAGGACAAGAAGAAAAGGAAAUGAUCUAAUACUUUGUUCACAGUAUCAUAAAUUAAACUUAAAUAUUGUAAUAAAUAA